CUCUUUUCUAUUGACAUGUGUUUGUGUUUUCUCCCAGCUCCUCAGAGUGGCACCAUGUCAGUGAUGAAGACCGGACUGAUCAACAAAUCUGAAAAUGGAGAGUUCUGGAUGUCGUUCUCAGACUUCCUCAGUCAGUACUCUCGUCUGGAGAUCUGUAACCUUACCCCGGACACCCUCUCAGAAGAUGAGAACCAGAAUUGGGCUCUUAACAAGUUUGAAGGCGCCUGGAGGGAAAGGUUACACAGCCGGGGGUAUGGACCCUGA